CCACGAGGGCAGCAUCCAGAGCAGUGACAUCCAUUUCUCCCCAUCCUGCACAGUAUCUACUCCGUACUACUAUCAAAGUGCUACUGAUAGAUAACUGACACUCGGCUGGGCCAACAGGAUAUCCAUCCCCUCGGACGCUAAAUCGUGAGACGCACAGCCAAGCGAUUCGCCUGCAGCCGUCGUCAUCCAUCCGUCGCCCCGCCGCCCGUUUGAGCCAUGGCCCCCCCCCGGUGGAAUGCGCGUCAAUGGAUGGUUGUACCCAGGGGUUGUAGUCGAUGUGGUUGUGCCGCCGAUGGUUACGACCCUGCAGGCCUCAUCCAUGGAAGAAGACCAUCAGGACAACCAGGGGGGAGGACGUUGGAGAUGAUGGGAUGGAGGAGAGACCCCCUAAAUCUAACAGGAACUAACGCAACCCUGGGAAGCGACUGUCACUUCUCCCACCACCUGCCACCUGGAGGGACUGGAGUUGAACCCAUCGGGCUAAAAUCUCCUAGGCGGGCCUUUGCAGCCUUUGAGUGGCCGAUCCGCCCCUGUGGGCAGGCAAUGGGCAUGGCUGUCUGGCUGUCUGCUUCAAGUUGCCCUGAUGGCUGGUGGAUCUGCCCAGGCAAGAAAGCCCAGGGAAACCCGUCCCAUGGCCGAUCCCUGGCCGGUCGCCAUUCUCCGCCCAGCCAUGAUCCGACCAUUUUCAAGCCGUGCAAGUGCUUGUUCUGUCGCAAUGGUUUUCUGAGCCCCGUUGAUCGUCCAUCUUCCUCCCCGUUCAAAUCUCUCGAUUCGGCCAAGUCGGCUCAAGAUUGACGUUGUCGUCGCUUGCCCGCUGCUUGACUUUCGUCAUUCGCUUCCGCUUCUGCGCCCGCCGUUCCCCGUUCCUUCCUCCAUCCCCGGGGUCACAGUCAACGGAUCUUCUACCUGUUAUUUCAUCCUUCGAUUUCCCCCCUCCACCUCCGCCUCCACCUCCUCCCCUCCUCCUCUUCCACCCUCCACGA